GACAGAUUCGAGAAUUGUUGUCGCCGCCUUUGUUUAAUCUCGUCAAAGUCUCGCAGAGUCGAAGAUUAUGUCGUCGAUACCUUGUGCCAACUGGCAAGCGCACCGUUCUGAGACAUGCAGCGGGGUAGGGCAGCUAGCCUGCGGUGGCUGUCGCCUGGUUUCGUACUGCGCGAAGGACUGCCAAAAGGAGCAUUGGGCUGAGCAUAAAGUCCACUGUAAGAGCCCGCUGAUGAAGUCCAGCUGGUUGCCCACAUGGGAAACAGAAGGCCGUCCUCCCUCAUUUGUGGGCGCCGGUCCCCCUGCGGUCUCAUAUGGUCGUCUGCAGAAAUAUUUUUGGGGCAACAUGCCAGCACUCGAUGUCUUAGCUCUGGACCGCAACGAGGGAUGCUCCUAUGAUCGGGACUUGCAUGUUCUGUUCGCAGCUUCUGGAGACAUCCGUAAUGUGUUGAAGACUGUUGCUUGCCUGCCUGAUGAGUAUCGACAGUCUAUCUCCUUGAUUCUGAACGACCGGGAUUUUGAUAUUGUCGCACGGAACUUGAUUAUGCUCCUUGCCGCGUUACAAAUCGACAAAGACCCUAACGAUAUUGAAACCAUCAUCCAUGUUUGGUACUCAGCGAAACUCCAGUCUUCUCGUCUACGUCAGCUACAAUCUUCGAUUCUUCCACUAUUUCAAGAAGUUUGUGUAAAAAUUAAGAGCAAACCGAACGGUACACUCCUAGGAAAGACUUGGACUUUCGGAUCCAGAUCUCUCCGCGUGACUUUAUCGAAGGAGAAAUGGAUGCUCCUUCCCUCUUUUCUAGAGGUUCCUAACGGCUUAUCUUGCAGCCUGGCCGAUAAAAUUCGAAAUCUCACAACGCUUGCGCAUGAGCGGAAAGACUACCGGGACCGGAAUACCCUCCUGCAGAAACCUCCUCAUCGCGUGUGCAAGCAGAGAUUCCGCGAAGACGGAAUUCUAUUGUCCUUCGCUCAACCUCGCCAAGGAUUCGACAGUCCUAAUCCUACUUUCUCCCAAAAUAAAGAGCAAUGGCUAAUGAUGGACUCAGCAGACCCUUUUGAUGGAUGGGAUCUACGUUCUGUCCUCCAAAGGUCCUAUGGGUCCGCCACUAACGACAUGUAUGGCAAAUUAUUUAAUCAUCUAAGAGAUCUUCUGUCCUCAUUCGCAAGACAAGCUGCUUCGCGAAAGAUGGCGUUCGAGCUCUUUAACGCGGACGUGAACGACCUGCCGAGACAACUUGGUAGUCGCCAGUUUGCGCGCAUUGGGGUGAUGGUCGAAAGAAUGUGUUGCAGACACAGUGCUGAUCAAUUCUGCAGGUCUCUAAUAUUUCGGAUCGCGGCUACCUCGGAGUAGGUCGCACACUCUACCUGCUCAGUCCAUUCCUACAAAAGCGCAUUCAUAAUUCCCACGCAACAAUCAUAACACUUUUCAUGAAUGCAGUAGCUGAAACGGCUCAUUUCGACGCUCCAAAUCGUGCGGAGAUAGAAUCUCUUGCACUGAAAGUGGCUAAGUAUCUUCCAGCUACACGUCGGCUACGCUCGGCAUAUGACCCUGUUGUCAUUCAACGGGCCGCGGCUCAUGAUCUCGUUCGCGACAAUGACAAAUAUUUCCAACGAUAUAUGAGAGAAGAACACUUCCAGGAGAUUGGAUACCAUUUGGGCUUGACAAUGGAACGACCACACACAAUCAUCGAGGAGUGGCCCAUGAGGCUCAAGUUGCCGCCGGACCAAGUCGGAGCGAACGAAGAGUUUGAGACACUGCUUGCCUCUUCCCACAGCGGAGCUGAGCGGUACGUGGAGUGGAAGUGGGCGUGAUGUACUUGGCAUGCAAUUCCUCUGCAUCUAGUACCUAGAUGCUAGCACUACGUAGACGCAAACAUACUUAAGCU